UCCCAAAAUGCACUGCGACUGCCAGCGAAGAUUGGACACCACUGAAUACAUGUUGUCAAAACAGCAUAAAACGUGGUUUGGUAAUCAGGAAACUGCUACCAUCAUUAGUCUUCAAAGGACACCAACCUACCGUACACAAUGAGUGGUCUGCGCACAGUCCUGGCCUCGCUUGGGUGUGUAGGGUUCUUAAGCGCUGGAUAUGGAAUGUGGUCAAUGAUAACGCCUGGAGAGGAAAGAAAGAGGGAAAUGCUCAAGAAUCUUCCAGAGGCUAACCCGCUGAGAAUGGAGGAAUCCAGGAAAAGGAAUGCCCUCGUAAUGCAGGCACUGAAGGAAGCUGCAGAGACUGAUGAAAACAUUGCUAUUGCGUGGGGCUCUAAGUCACAGAAAUAGUCAACAUGCUGUCUUCACAUUCAUUUGAAACUCAAUGUGAAGAGAGAAAUAUAUUUAAUGGGUAACACACCAGAGCUCACCAUAAUUGGAUUCAAUGCAUCAGAAAUCCGUUUCAAUGCACUCAUGUCCAAUAGCCAAUAUCCUGAUGUGUUUUUAUUAUUGACCCUGUUGACUGGAGCCAGAUAAUAAUCUUGAGCUUAACCAUCUGUUAAAGUACAAGAUUAUGUUUAAAUGUUUGUAUUUAUGCUGAGCAUGAAGUAGAGAAUGUUUCAGCAAAAGACAAAUUGUUUUAAAAAUGGGAAGCUGUGGUUCCCAAACGUCAUGACUACUUUAGCACAUUGUGUGUUACAAUAGGACAAACCAUAUUUAUAAGAAUAUUGUUGUAUAUAAUAAUUGUAUUGUUUAUGAGUUAACAAGCAAGUUCACAAAACUGUAAGGCUAAUAAAAUCUAACGCCCAAUAAUG